AGUUACAUUCUUUCUGCAGCAACGGUAUGGCAAACCGGCCGAGGACAGCUUCCACUAGGAACGAGGAGGACAUGAUGGCGGUCGCACGUAGGAAGAUCUCUCAGACCACUGACCCCGUCGAGAAGUUGAGGCUGCUCUGCCUGAGCCGCGGUGCUGCUGGCAUCUUGGGCAUGGGCAAAGUGUUCCGUAGGAUGGAUGAUGAUGGCUCUCACAACCUGAAUAUGGAAGAGUUUAGCAAGGGCAUCAGGGAAACUGGUCUCCGACUCAGUGAUGAGGAGACAGAACAGCUUUUCCAGGCGUUUGAUAAGGAUAACGAAGGCACUGUCAAUUAUGAAGAAUUCCUUGUAGCCAUAAGGCCAAAAAUGAAUGAAAGAAGAAAGAAGUUAGUAGAUAUGGCUUUUGACAAGCUAGACAAAACAGACGAUGGGGUAGUAACAUUGGAAGAUCUGAAGGGAGUGUAUUCCGUGCAGAAACACCCUAAGUAUCAGUCUGGAGAGAUGACAGAAGAGCAAAUCCUGGAGACUGUAAUCAAGAAGUUUGAAAAUAAUACUUCUGUUGAUGGAAAGCUGACCAAGGAAGAGUUCUACGACUAUUACUCCGGAAUUAGUGCUUCAAUUGAUCAAGAUGCGUACUUUGACCUUAUGAUGCGUAAUGCAUGGGGUAUUAAAUAAAUUAUGCUGCUAGGUAAUUAUCUGUGCCCACACAUUGUAAGAUGAAGAGAAAGUGAUUGUAAAAGGCCUUUAUAAUAUGUGCUGUAAUGUUACUUUAUACUGAAAUAUGUUCAAUGUUGUGUUACUGUAAACUGAAGUACAUAUAUUGUCUUACACAAACACACACACACACACACUGGAAUGUAUGGAGGAAGAUGGAAAACUAAAAUUGUUGAGCCAAUAUUCAAGAGACUGGUAGAGAUUCUUGAACUAUAGACAAGUUUUUUUACCACAUCGGGCGUCUUCCAUCAUUUUCGGGUGCUUCCCUUACCCUUCUCCCUUCCCCAAAAAAGAACCCUUCACCAUCAUUCAUUUAAUAUCUGCUUUACCAGAUGAAUGCAGAUAGCAUAAUUCAAAUGACUAUCAAAAUUGUAUCCUCACCCCUCCUUCAGAUUACAGGCACUGUACUUCCCACCAGGACUCAGAUUUGGUUAAUUAGUUUCCCAGAAUUCGUUCCUAAAUGUGACUUUUCUCACACCCCAACUAAAAAAAAAAAAAAAACGUAAGAAAAAUUCUGAGUAGCCCACCUGGAGAAGAUGGGAGUCACAACAGGUCUGUAGUAUUCGUUCAGAGAAGGAGAGUGCAUGGCAAUAAAACAAAUCGGGGAACGGUGGGCUGACUGUAUUUCCUGGACUGUCAGAGGUAUUCAACAUAGUGAUUCACAUACAGCUAAUUUACAAACUGAAAAAUACGGAUAUCAGGAAUGAUACAAUGUUGGAUAAAAUAACACCUGCAACAAGAAAUCUGCCAAAGUGAGAGAGACGAAAGAAUGGAAAGUAACACUCAAAGAAUUUCCAAGGAUAAAUUCUCUGUUUUAUAUUGUUCUUGAUAUACAUCAGUGAUCUGCUAAGGCAUAAAAAUUCUUACAUGUUCUUGUUUUUGAAUGACAAAGCUUAUGUGAAAAAAUACAGAUAGAAUAGAAUUGCAAAAAAAGAUGCAAGAUGAUAUGGACAGAUUGUAAAAAUGAUCAAAUAAAUAAGUGCUCAGUUCUACCUAUAAUAAAUGCAAAGUGAUGAAGAUGAAAGGAGAGGACACUAGUGUUAUGAUAACUGAGUAAGAGACAACUGCCAGUGUCAGAAAGAAAGACCUGGGGUAAACAAAAUACCAGACCUAUUGCAAGACACCCACAAAAACAUUAUCUUCAUUGAAAUAUGCAGCAUAAUGAAAGUAACAGGUAAUAUGGCCACUACAGAUGAUUCAGAGGUACAGCAGUGACAGGGUAGUAAAUAAAUUGUUCGCUCGUGGAUGCACCAGGACGAGGGGAUGCAAUUGCAAGCUAAAAACCAGUAUAUGUGAAAACUAUAAGAAGGAACUUCAGUGUGAGCAAGUGAUAUGCACCAAGGAAGGAAUUACCAUAGUAAGAACUGACUCCAGAGAUAAAGAGCUGGAACCCUGUCCUUACCAGUACAAGUAAAUGAGUACACACACAAAAAUCUCUUAGUAACUCAUAUUGAAAAGGCAAUUUACAAUGACUAAUAUAAAACAUUAUUAGACAGUAAUGUGAUCUUGCUGUGUGUGGGGUGCGUGUGUCAUUGCUUUAACAAUGCUACGAAGUCAUUCCAUUAUUUUCAGCUAUAUACUAUACAGUAUAGUGAUUCCAGAAAUUUAUGUAUUUUUUUUCAGUACAUACAUAUUUAGCAUCUAUUUCUAAGCAGGUAAUAAAUAAUAUUCACAUCAAAUAUAAUUUGCAUUACAUGUUAAAUAAUAUUAGAAAGCAUUUAGUAAUUUGUUUUCACAUGUCCAAAGUAUUAUGCUGUAUUUGCCUUUAGUUGUACAGUAUACUGUAUUCUAUCUUGCCAAAGUAUACAGUAAGCUUAUACAGUACCUGUAUACCUAAAUUUAUUGGAUGAAUACUAUAUUGUGAUACUGUAGUUGUGUAAUGUUACUUUGCAUUUUGUUUUUUCUAGUCAGCAUAAGAGUUCAAUAAAUAAUUAUUUAGUCAUUAUAUACUGAGUAUCACUGUUUUAUUUUGUUUAAUAAAACAGGAAUCCAUUCUCUUCUGCAUAGUUACUUUGAGGAUAGUGAUCAUGAAAUAUUUAAUUAAAAUCUAUCAUUAAAAUUCAUCUCAGGAUAAUAGAUGUUAAACUUUCUUUCCUAAACUGUCUCAUUGGUUCUUCAACAUUUUUAUUUGUAUUUUCAUUCAUUUAUUGUCUUGUCGUCACAUGAAGUACUGAAUGCAUUUCUGCUUUUUUUUUUUUUAUUUAAAUACUAAAGCAUAUUUUAUUUUCAUCAUCUAGACUCUAGAUGUCAUGAGCACUCAAGAUUCUAGAGUCCUCAUGUACAGAAUGGAUAUACAGGAGGUAACCGACUUACAAAUGCCCAAACUUAUAAACGUCUACACUUACGAAUGGGGCACUUGAGAACUAUAUACAUUUUUACAUUGGUCAAUCUGUAUGUAGUACAAGUGUGUGGAACAUGAAUGUCUUUUGUAUUAUUGUCUUUUUUGUACAACUACCUGUAGCACUGUAUGUCCUAUACAGCUAAAUUUAGCAUUUUUAAAUAUAAUAACAGUAUUGUACAAACUCAUUUGUAAGGUGAGGCAGCAGGAAUUCAACUUGUUUGUAAGGUGAGACCUCUUGUAAUGCUUAAAGAAAUGUAGCAGUUGCUUCCACUGCCAUUAGUGUUUUUUCAAUUUUAGUGUUUAUUGUAUCACAGUGGUUAAGUUGUAAUACAGUACAUAUUUAGGUUUAUUUCUUUUGCCAGUACGUUAAUCAUUUUAUUGCAUAUACAAUGUGGCAUUUGUUUUAUAGAACUAAAUAACUGUGUUCUAAUGUGGCAUUCAGUUGGAACAGAAAUUUAGUGCACAGAGUGCUACAUAACCCUUUCACAAGUAAUUCUUGCUUUAUCACAUUCAGUACAAUAAAUGAUAAAACUGUUCUUCAUUAUUUUCUUAUUUAGCAGGACACAAGUGUUUUGUUCCUGGAUGUGAAGGCUGACAUAUAUCAUCAUUGUUCAUUAACCUAAGUACAGUACUUAGAUUAGUCCAUUGUACUCUUUGAUGAUUAUAAUUUAAAUGCCAUGAAAUGGAUUUAAAAAACUUAUUUUUGCAACAUUUUGAUAAAUACUGGUAAAAGUGUUAAUGUUUUUGUACCAAGAGCAAACUGUUUAGUUUCAGUUAUAUACAUAUUACUCUACAAAAUAUAUCACAUUUAAUUUGUUUAUUUUACCAGUAACUCAAAGUAUUCAUUAAAAAGUACAGUAUUUACAUAUUUUUAUAAUGAGACAUCACCUGCUGAUUGCUUCAGUCUGUGGAUAAGAUUAAUGUCAACAUUUUAAGAAAUUGAUGCUUAAUAAACUAUUCAUAGAAAUCAGGAGAGUUAUUUCUGUUGAUAUUAAAAGCAAAAUUAGCUUAUGGUUACUGACUUUUAUGUGUGCCACUAUAAUGACUUGUGUGAUAAUUAGGACUGCAUUCAUUGUAAAGAUAAACCAAAAGAAACCAGUAUACUUUAAAACAUUUAUCAAGAUUUUUUUUCCAGGCUCAUUACAACUAUUUUACGUGUUUCCAUGUAUUUUUUGUAACUAUGAAGAAUUGUUAAUAAUUUAUAAUCAUACAAUGCAGUUCAUAAAUUAUACUAAAGUAUUAUAAUAUGUGUUGACAUUCAUGAAUAAAUAAAAAGAUCACCAGUGUUCCUAACAGCACAUCCAUUAACUGCCGUUCCAUCAAGUAUCCAUCCUUGCCUCUCUUAUAAGAUUUCUUAGCAAUAAAAAAUAGUAUAAGAA